AUGUCUAUACCCUCACGCUCUGGCCCUGGCCCAGAGCAAACGUAUAUUUCACCCGGUGUGAAACUCCCAACGACUAUCAAAGAUUAUCCGACACUGGAGGUCACCGAGAUAAGCCUAUCGCCGUGUAUGGAUGCCCCUCAUGCUUUGGAGGAUAGCAGCAUCAUCGCCGCGCCCAAAAGAAGACGAACCCCGUCGCCAUCGUCCCCUGCAGCAACAACCACAAGUACCAAGACCACAAGCUCAUCGUCGUCUUCUUCUUCUUCUUCUUCGACAUCCCGUCAUCGCAAGAGCAGUCUCCACAGCCGCCACAGCAGCUCCCAUUACUCGCAGCACCGUCGCACCGCCACCGCGGUCUCCAUCACCCCUAUCACCGACCAAACCACCCGCAGAGAGGAUCUUCUAGCCCUGCAUCGUGAAUCCUGUCGACUGUUCCAACAGCAGCAGCAACAACAUAAACAACAACAACAACAACAACAACAACAACAACAACAACAACAACAACAACAACAACAACAACAACAACAACAACAACAACAACAACAACAACAACAACAUAAACAACAAACGACACCCCCUUUAACCCCGCGCAAUCAGCGCUCCCCCAGCACCAGCUCCAACGUGACAACCACCAGCAACACCAACACCAACGCAAGGAGCAGCGGCGGGGGCGGCGGUGAUUACUCGCCGAUCUCAAUCCACGAAGUGCUCAAGACCCCCGUCCGCGCAUCCACCCUCCCGGUAUGGGACUAUACCGAUGAAGUCUCGACGACGACGACGACGACGACCCCCAGAACAACCGUGACCGUGAUCGACUGGACCUCGCCGUCCACACGCCGGCGGGAGUACGAGAAGAUCGACAAGGCGAGCAGCGGGAUGCGGGGGUUCUGGCGGCGAGUGGCGCCGAAAUGGUGUCAGUCGCGGGCUCGUCGGAUGCCAUUUUUCGAGGAAAAGGACGGGAAGGGGAAUUACGAGGGGAGUGUGCGACGGUUCCGAAUGGAUAUUCCGGAGUGA